AUGGCUGCCCUGGGAAACAAGACCGUGACUCUGCAGGCGACAGUCGAGGCACUAGGUAAUCAAAUAAACAAUGGUAAUCAUGGGAAUAGUAAUGGUAAAAAAGGUCCAAUGACGCUUUCUUCUUUCCUGAAGGUUCAUCCUUCGUCCUUCAGGGGAAUCUCAAAUCCCAGUAAUGCAGACAACUGGAUUCAGGCUAUGGAGCAGGCACUACAGGCUCAGCAGGUUUCUGAGGAGCAGUGCGUUGAGUUUGAAACUUAUCAGCUACAAGGCGAGGCCCAAAAGUACUUUCCCAGUUUAGUCAGGAAUGCCAAAGAACUAGAAUUGCUGCAAUUGAAACAAGGCCAAAUGACUAUUGCUGAAUAUACUAACAAGUUCGAAGAGCUAUGUCGUUUUUCCAGAAUCUGUCAGGAAAUGCUUGAGGGUUUUGAUAAGUGGAAGUGUAUCAAGUACGAGGGAGGCUUUCGAGGUGAUAUUCCAAUCUUUGUGGUACCGAUGGAGAUUAGGGUAUUUUCUGAACUUUGGAACAAGAGCCAAAUAGUUGAAGAAUGUGUGAGGAAUGUAGUCAUGGCAAAGAAUGAUAAUCGGGAGUUUCACCGAAGAGACCACCAUCAGAACUUGAUACCAAGGAGUCAAGAAUUCAAGAGAACUGGGAACUACCUUCCGGAUAGGCAACAUAAAAAUAAGCAAGGUCGGCAUUAUUGGUGCGGAUCACCAGGGCAUCUAGUUAAGGACUCUCCUAGUCCACGUGGGGGAAACUCAUGA